GGCCCCUGGCUGCAAAACCCCUUCUAGGAGACUGGUGAGGAUGCUUAGAUGGUUCUCGAUAUACUGUAUGUUUAUCCUACGAUUCACUUUACUGAGUCGAUUCGUCAGACCUACUCGUUCAGAUGAACCGAACUCCGUCUUUGGGUUCGUUUGAUUCUCAAAUCGCGGAGUGCAGAAAUGCUGUGCAGACAGUUAGCACAUAUACUACAGUAGAUUGACUGUGAUUUUAACAUGGCUGCUAGGAUUCACUUCAAUAAGUCGCCCACAAACAAAGAACCAGGAACCUCCCAUGGCAAUUUUGUCGUAAAUAAGGCAUGUCCAGGCUCGUUGGUUUUGCCUGUGUAUGAGCUUUACUUUCCAUUAGUUUUUCUGGAAGCAAUGUCUUAACAAGUGAAUUUGAAUAUGGUCAUGGGUCUAAAUGUGGUAUUCAGUAUCCAGAAAUUCAGUUUUUUAAAUCCAGUUUUACUGCAAUAUAAGUUUAAUUGUGUAGGAAUGAAUGAAACCGGACACCUGGUGAUUCUGCUCGGUUGUUUCUCCUCCCCUCAGUGAAACAAAACGUUGUGAAAUUCCUCAAGUUUUGAGGCGGUUGUGAGCAACCACUUUCCUGGGAUUAUUAAAGUCGCACACGGGCUUCUGACUGAUUUCUUUUACGUAGACGCGUGGGUUUUGUUAAAUAGGCUGUCUAACAUACAAAGGAGCAUCGAAGAAACCAAACACGGGCCGAAAGAAGUGUGAAGAUAGCGAAUGAAGACGUGAGGCGUGUAACGGGACUAAAAGGAGGAGACAACUAACUUCGGGAAAGCUAUGGGAACUUAGACCUUUUUAUCGACCAGUUUGAAAGCACAAAUAUUCUUAACUUCUGCGUUAAAGUUUCACACAGCUACAUAGUGUUCCAGGCAUGAUGGAAGGAGAGAAGGAGAGAGAGAGAGAAAGGGGAGAGGAAAAGGAGAGUGAUGAGACUGAGGAGGAUGCUGAAGGAGCAGCCUUGCUGUGGCAAGAAGGCUCUUCUGAUGAUGACCUAGGACUACCCAUCAUGCACUGGGAGGCCCUAAGCCUGCGUAUUGCCCAACUUGAGAAACAAGAGGAAGAACGAAGAGGGAAGAAUAAGGAUGUUGCUCAGUGGACAGAGAGUUGGCCAGAGUUAUAUAACCUUACCAGACAUCAAGACACCUGUGAGGAUGUGGACGAUAGCCGCCUGACAGCCCUAACGUCACGACUCCAGAGUCAUAUGAACCUGCAACUCUGUUUCAUCAACAACAGUGAGAGUGAAGAUGAGGAGGAGGAAGACAAGGAGAAGAAAGAGUUGAACAAACACUCUGGGAAACAGAUGCAACAGCCACAGCAGCAUUCCAGCACUGCAUCCAGCAGCAAAGCCAAAUCUGGUGGGUUUAAGAAAGAGGUCAAGGCUGCUCUCAGCAUGCUAAGACACAAGCUAAGGUUGGAGCAAAAACAGACCAAACCCCCCAGUGAUGCAGUUAAAGAGAGAACUCAUUAUAAUCGCAGCGACUUGAGGAAUUUCAGCUUAAAGGAGUUGAAUGCACUGAAGACCACACUAAGCAAAGACAUUCAUAACCUCAGCUCCGAGUUAGUGGGCCGACUUCUCACAAGAGACCAGCUAAGAACUGAGCAGGAUGCCAUGUUACUGGAGAUACAGGAUAUGACAUCACUCUGACAGAAGAGGUCACUUCCAUUAAAGGGACAAAACCGAUGCCUCAAUGACUUGAGAACUUACAUACCUGGGAGAUCCGCCUGGAAGAAUUAACUGUACUGUGAAAAGUUUCUCCACACCAAAGGACUGUUUAAGGAAUUUAAGGACUUAAAUUGCACAGAUUUGUUUCCAAGUUUUCCUUUAUUUUGGCUGCUUGGUAAGGUUUCUAUUAAUAUGUUGAUAUAAAGAUGUUGUAAGCUGUUAUUGCUGUCUAGGACCAACCUCUUUCCAGAAUCAAAUUGUUUUUGACAAAUCAUUCUUUUUAUUGUUCCAGCCCCUUCACGCUUGUGUCAUUUUACAUUUUAGUGAUGUACAGCUUCUAUAAUAUUAAGUCAAUAGUUUAUAGUUACAUGCAAACACUUGCAUGGCUAAUGGAUAAAGCAGUAUCGUUUGACAUUUUACAGUAUGUUUCACACCUGUGCUCACAAAUGUAAAUUAACAGUUAGAGAAUCAAAGCUGUAAAAAACAUGGUCAUUAAAGUCUACCUAGAAUAAUUAAAUUGUGUUUGUAUGUA